GGGGGCCUUAGGUAGAAGCAUUUGUGAACUGGACAAGACUAGUGACCAAGUCCCACACAUAGUGAACAUUUCUUUUAUAAGCACCGUGAGCAUGAGCAGAAUGCGUGAUCAAACGCUGUCGGUUGACACUUUUUUCUCUCACAAAGUGUCACUUUAGCAAAAUGGGGAAGUUGAUUGCAAACCGGAUUUGUCGGUACAAAGAGAAUGUGGACCAUAGCAGACAAAUCCCGGAAAGAGGACUUCCUCGCCACAUUUAUAUCUUGAUGACCCCAGAGAGACCAUGAGGCCGUUUCCGAAGUCUGUCAUGUCUCUGUGACUGAGUGAGCCCGUCGAUACAAGCCGUGGUCCCGCGCAGCCUGGCUCGAGCUGGGCCGUUACAAAAUCCGCUACCAUCUUCCAUGGUUGGAGACCAGUCGUAAUGGUAUUCAGAGUUAGGCAAUCAGUUCAGAACAAGGGCUAUUGCGUGGCAUGCGUGGGGGAUGAGUUAGUUGACAGUUCACAGCUGGGCUCUAUCGGUUGACGUUGACAAAGCACUGUAUCAUCAGCUGGCUUUCUUUGCUAAUCUCCUGGUCUUCAGCACCCACAGCCAAGAGAUGGAACAAUAGGCCAUCAUGAGCCAAGCCAAGAUUCUUGUUCCAUUUCACUGCCACAGCUUGUAGCUCAAAAUAAAGUGCUGUUACUCGAUGUGAACUUUCAGCAACAGAAGUGUCGUGAAGAGCCGAGGUGUCAUUGUACGGUGUGUGAAUUGCAGUGCAUGCUGCGUGCCGGGCGGGAGUGAAAGUUGGCGGCCUUCUAGCGGUGCGGGGUGUGUUUACGAACCCAGGGCCAAGAUGUCAUAUCUCUGCACGGAGUCGCUUAAGUUAGACGGUAGGCCAACGGUUAACGAAAUGGUGGUGGUGACUGCUGCAGUGCUAAGGUUAGGCGGUAGGUUGCGGUGUGUCACAAUCAUGCUGCCCUUUCUGUUGCUAUGGAUAUGCAUGCCUUGUACUCACUCAAUGUCUAUAGUUCAAACGGAACAAGAACAAUUUCUGAACGAAACCGGUCCCUCGAUACCAGACGCAACUUCAGUUAAAAACAUCCACAGCUCGAACGAUAAGCAAAGUCCACAGCAACUUGAGGAGCCGGCGAUAUCUGACGAUGGAAAUGUAUAUGACGAUGCGGCAGCACUCUUCGAAACCCAAGAGUUUCAGUUCGGCGAGACACGAAAGCUGUCCCACGCCGAAGCUAAGGCUGGAUGCUCCAACAUGUCCAGUGCCGAGGUCCUGAAGGGGCAGGUGGAUAAACUCCGCAACACUGCCAACGGGCAGGUGGACCUGGUCUUUUUGGUGGACAGUUCAGCCAGCGUCGGCAACACCAACUUCUUCAACGAACUCAAGUUCGUCAAGAAGCUCCUGGCCAGCUUCGAGGUGGCGGAGUGGGCCACGCGAGUCACCGUUAUCACCUUCGCUAGCCGCCACCGAGUGGUGGCCAACAUUGACCACCUGGGGGAACCCAGUCCCACCAAGCACAAAUGCUCCUUGCUGAAUGCCGAGUUACCGGGAAUAACUUACGUCGGCGGUGGCACCUUCACUCGGGGAGCGUUUCUGUUGGCACAGAAAGCGCUGUCAUCGCCGUUUGCUCGUCCCAACGCCACCAAGGCCGUGUUCCUCAUUACGGACGGCUAUUCCAACGGCGGCGACCCCCGCCCGAUCGCCCAAAACCUCGCCCGAAACAACGUGGAGAUUUUCACUUUUGGGAUCAAGAACGGCAACGUGAAAGAGCUGCACAUGAUGGCGACCGUACCCAAACGGCAGCACUGCUACAUACUGGAUACUUUCCAGGAGUUUGAAGCUCUGGCGAGGAGGGCACUUCAUGAAGAUCUACGUCUUGGAGAAUUUAUACUAGAGAGUGCAGGGCUGUGCUCGUCACUGUGCCCAGAAGGCGGCCACUGCUGUCACCCCUUGGCAACAUGUCGCUGUGGCACAACCAACGGCCAGUACGAAUGCAUAUGCCCGCAGGGUUACUAUGGAAGCGGGUUUGUCAACGGUUGCCAUGCAUGUCCUGCGGGUACGUACAAGCCCCGCGCUAUCCCGGGAGGCAUCAGUACCUGCAAGGCCUGCCCGGACCCCAACCACACCAGCGGGCCGGGGAGUAUCAGUGUGAAGGACUGCACAUGCCGGAGCGGGUACCAGGCCGUAAGCGGGGAGCCAGCCUGUCGGAUGAUGACUUGUCCUGUCCUAGCUCCGCCUACCAAUGGGUUCUUUGUCUCAGGCGAGUGUAGUAACACCAUUCACAGUGCCUGUGCCUUACGUUGUUCCCCCGGCUACGAGCUGAUUGGUCGGUCCAUCGUCAUGUGUUCUGCUGACAGUUCGUGGAGUAGCGAGCCAGCAACUUGCAGAGUGAAGAAGUGUCAGCCCCUCCAGCAGAUCUCAGGUGGAACAUUCCACUGCACAAGGGAUGACUUUGCCUUUGACACGGAAUGUACCACUCUGUGCAGCAGGGGUCAUAUCCUGGUAGGGUCCAAGAUGCGGAGGUGCUUACCGAUAGCCAGAUGGGAUGGCCUGCCCUCUGCCUGUCGAGCCGUGACCUGUCCCCCAUUGGAGCCUGUCCUCCAUACCUCCCUGCAGCCGGCCUCCUGUACUUCAGACAGGCAGACCUAUGGAACCGAGUGCGUCACAGUCUGCGAUCCAGGCUAUCAGCUGCAAGACGAAAGCCAGAGUGCACGGCAGUGCUUGGAGUCGGGCAUGUGGAGUCCGAAACCAGACCGACCGAAUGUCUGCCUUGACGUGACAACCCCAGAUAUCAUGUGUCCUGAUGACAUCACAGUCGACGCCAUCCCCGGCGACAGCGUCUCGAAUGUCUCGUGGGUGGGGCCACUGACUGUCGAUAAUUCGGGGGAGGUCCCUGCGGUGACCGUCACGCCGGCUGUCCGAUCUCCCUGGCUGUUCCCUAUAGGAGACACGUUCAUCACGUACUACGCGACAGACAAGGCAAGAAACAGCGGCAGCUGCAGCUUUGUCAUCUCAGUUAUUGACAGCCAGCCACCAGUCAUCGAGCAGUGCCGGUCACCAAACGUGGUCCUAGCCACUGAUGACCACAACCCGCAGGUGGCAUGGGAGGAGCCGCAAUUCUCGGACAACUCGGGCGGGCCAGUCACGGUGUCGCGCUCCCACACUCCUGGUCUGUCCCUGUCCUUUGGCACGACCAACGUGGAGUACAUCGCGCGGGACGAGACGGGGAACACCAAGAGCUGUCACAUUACAGUCAACGUUCAGCAAAGUGCCUGUGUGAUACCAGAAGACCCCCAGCAUGGCCGGGCCGACUGCACGUCUCUCGGCGGGGGAGUUGAGUGCACCCUGCGAUGCGAUGAUGGCUACGCGUUCCCCAUCGAACCGGAACCAGUCUAUCGAUGCUCGGAGGACGGCCGAUGGAGUCCCUCCCACGCCAUGCCUUGGGAAGACUGUUCUAAAAGAGAGAAUCCAGCAAACGCAACGCUUCCCGUGAGAUUCACAUUCCCUGUCGACUUCUGCAACCAGAACCUGGCAGACGAAAUGGCUGACAACAUACGAAGGAAUCACGAAAACAAGGCGGGACAGAUUUGCAGCGGACCAGUUGACUGUAGAUUUGCCGGGAUCCGUGUCAAUUGUCUGCCACAAGGAGGAACUAGAAGUUUAUCAGCGACUGUUGCUGAUCUCACCUCGUCACACGGUCAGCGGCAACAGCUGCGAGGAGACAUUAACUUCAAUCGGGAACAGUUUGAGAAACUGCAGCAAUUUCCAGGCGUCUUGGUGGACAUGAAUAUCACCGGUCAACUCAGUUUUCCAGAGGGAGAAACAUCAGUUGACGAAGACGCCUACCAGGAGCUCCGCUCUUCCCUUUCCAGCGCGUCCAACUCCCUGGUGCAGUCGGUGAUUGUGGACGACAGCAUCCCUUCGGGAAUGGGAGCGCAGCUUGAUGCCAACUCAAUUGUCGUGCUGCCGAGCGAAACGAUACCUAUGUGCCCGCCAGGGAAUGUCGUUGGGCAACACCAAUGCUUGCGAUGCGCUGCCGGUACGUUCCUCAAUGGGCAGACCAGGGAGUGCGAACGCUGCCCUCAGGGGUCCUACCAAGACCAGUUCGGCCAGAUACAGUGCAUCGCCUGUCCCCCCGGUACAUCAACAGCCAAAGGCAGAGCAGAGUCAGUGCAGGAUUGUAAAGAUAUAUGCAACCCGGGCAGCUCUUCCAACACAGGCUUGGAGCAGUGCGAGGCCUGCCCCAAAGGAUCUUACCAACCCCUCUCUGGUAGCACAGACUGUUUGCCUUGCCCCUCCGGUACCUCGACCCUUAAAACAGGUUCCUCCAUCGUUAAAGAAUGUGCAGAACCAUGCAAGUCAGGGUAUGUGUCAAGAAGUGGUCUGGUCCCCUGCCUUCCCUGCCCAGAUGGCUACUUCCAGCCUGGGAUUAGCAAGACCUCCUGCUAUAAAUGUCCCCAGACUACCUUGGCCAACAGCGCAGUGUCAACCUGGGAAGAUUGCAUUGGACCCAACAUUGAGAGUUUUAACAUCAGUAGCUUGGAGGUUUUACCCUACAACGAUUGUUUUUCUGAUCCGUGUGCCAAUGGAGCAACCUGCCAGCGUGUUUCUGCUGGUUAUGUGUGCAUCUGCAGGCCUGGUUACACGGGUAUAACCUGCGAUACAGAGAUUGAUGACUGUGAGAGCACACCUUGUGAGAACGGGGGCAGCUGCCGGGAUGGUCUCAACGAUUUCAGCUGUGUCUGCCCUGAAGGAUACCAAGGGAAGACAUGCAGCGUUGACAUCAAUGAAUGUCAGCACAGUUCCUGCCAACAUAAUGGAACCUGCUUAGAUGGCCUAGCCAGCUAUCACUGUGUCUGCCCUAGGGGAUAUGCAGGUGACCUCUGUGAGCAUGAGGUCAACGAGUGCCUGUCGGACCCAUGCUACCAUGGCGCCCGCUGCGUGGACGGCCUGGCCAGCUUCAGCUGCGACUGCCGGCCUGGCUACCAUGGCACGUUCUGUGAGAUGGAGACGAACGAAUGCGAGAGCAGGCCGUGCAUGAACGGCGCAACGUGUCACGACCUGGUAGCAAAUUACAGAUGUGAAUGCAAGUCUGGUUUUAACGGCGUCCACUGUGAGACAGACAUUGAUGAGUGUGUGUCAUCGCCUUGCCAGUUUAACGGUACCUGUCAAGACGAUGUUAACGGCUAUCAAUGCAAUUGCCAGCACGGCUACACUGGUGACAUGUGCGAAAUAGAAUUACCGUGGGAUUUCAACCUGUUGUUUGAGCACCUGAGCACCACGGACUAUGUCAUGAUAGACCGUGCCUUACCAGAUCUAACGGAGGUGACUGUUGCCUUCUGGAUGCGAUCUGAAGACACUAACUACGGCUCCCCGUUCUCGUACGGAGCUGUGGACGGAUACGGCAACCAGCUAAGCAAUGCGUUUACGUUCAUGGACUACAGCGGCUUUGUUCUAUACGUCAACGACUCGAGACACGUCUCGGACGUGACUGCCAACGACGGCGUGUGGCACCACGUUGCAGUCACAUGGUCCAGCAUUGACGGAGAGUGGGUCAUCUACAAAGACGGGGAUGUGGUGGAUUGGGGGGAGGGGCUUGCUGAGGGGGCUGUCAUUCCAGGCGGUGGGGUGUUCGUCCUGGGCCAGGAGCAAGAUUCCAUCGGCGGCGACUUUGCCAGCUCCGAAGCCUUCGUCGGCGAGUUGACCCUCCUGCACGUCUGGGCCCGCGUGCUGAGCAGCCGGGAGAUCGCCGGCCUGCUGCGGGACUGCCACAGACCUGACCUAGAGGGCGCUGUGCUGGCCUGGCCCGACGUACUGCUGAACAUCUACGGAGAGGUUCGACAGGUGAAAAACGACUUCUGCAAGGGAUGCUACGCCCCGUUCCAUCCCAAGAACGGUUACUACACGGGGUACCAGACCGGCUCCCAACACAACGUGGUGUAUUAUGAAUGCGAGUCUGGCUUUGAAGUGGACAGCAGAAUGUACAAUUAUUCCACAUGUCAGAUCUCGGGAGACUGGAUGCCAUACGAACCUCCCAUAUGCCGACGCAUAUUGUGUCGGUUUCCGGACCUAAUUGAAAAUGGUGAGAUCGUUGGUACAAAAUCCUCGUACGAGUCCCAGAUAAGCUAUAUAUGCCGUGACGGAUACACUUUAAUCGGACCUGCCGUCCGUGAGUGUCUGGAAACCAGGGAAUGGAGUGGGUACCAGCCACGCUGCGAAGUUGUUUUAUGUGGCAGUGUCCCCGAGAUUCCAAAUUCAGACUAUUUCAAUUACGAAGGAGGAUCUGACGUUUCCUCCCAGGCAGUAGUGUACCGCUGCAGAGACGGUUACCAGCUUCAGGGUCAGGGUAUCGUCACCUGCGGCCCGGACGGAGAGUGGAGCCAACUCCCAGAAUGCCUUGCCAUCAUUUGCAGCCAACCGGAACGGAGCCCGCAUUCCUCUUUCACACUGUCGAGGGGCUACGUGCUCGGAGACCAAGUGACGUAUACCUGUUAUGCAGGGUACCAGUUGAUCGGUAACGCCACAAGGACGUGUCUACCGGAUGCUUCGUGGUCGGACACCAGUCCUAAAUGUGUGCCCAUUCAGUGCGGAGCACCGCCUAAUAUAACAUUUGCGACGUACAGUUUGACCGGGCUUACGCUCGGAAGCGUUGCCCAGUACUCGUGCCUGGAAGGCUACCAAAUGCAUGGCACCGGUUCCCUGCAGUGUGUUGAAAACCUCAAGUGGGUAGGGGAAUAUUUAGCGUGUCUACCCAAGCCCUGUCCGGAUAUCGAACGACCUUCUCACGGUGAUCUAAUCGGAGAUUUGUUCCAGUACGGAGAAACUGUGACGUUCACAUGUAAUGCGGGAUACCAGUUGGACGGACCAAGUACCACAUUAGAAUGCCUUGCAAGUGGAUUUUGGAAUGAUAGCUUACCAGUUUGCGAGCCUGUUCUAUGCGGGCUCCCUGACAAGAUACCAAAUGGCUAUUACAACGGGGAACACUUCGAGUUUGGGGGAGUUGUCGAAUAUCGCUGUCAACUUGGCUUUAAUCUGAUUGGCCAGCUUGUGCGGUCAUGUGACACGGACGGCCAAUGGAAUGGAUCCGCCCCUCAUUGUGAGCGAGUCACAUGUGAUUCUCCUCCCACGAUUCAAAAUGCAGAUUUAGUUUCAAAAGAUCAGGAUGUGUAUUAUUACCCAAGUAAUGUUACCUUCCAAUGUCGCGCCGGAUACACGCUUCAAGACGGUAGGGGUACACUAUCGUGUGGUUUGAACGGUACCUGGCAAGGCGAACAAGAAAUGUGUGAAACCGUGACCUGUAUGCGCCUUGGGGGGCUUCUCAACGGCAGGCUUGUACGGACUGGGCACAACUUUGAGGACACGGCGACGUACUUAUGCCACGAGGGGUUUUACUUGGUUGGGAAUUUGACCCGUGUUUGCCAGGCCGAAGGCCAGUGGUCCGGCGUGGACUCGCGUUGCCUGCCGAUCUCAUGCCCGCGACUUCCCGACGUAGCCCACGCGAAAUUCACCGUCAAGGCUCGGAACGAGUCUUUCGCAGACGGAUCCCAUCCGUACAGAACUAAGGUACGCUAUCGGUGCGACCCCGGGUACCAGUUAGACGGGGACCAGGAGCUCCGCUGCGCCGUCAGUGGCGAGUGGUCAGCUGCGCUGCCCUCCUGCCAGCCAAUCGGAUGCCACGAUUUGCCGAUUCCGUCUCACGGAGCAAUAAACGGGGACGAUCAAACCUACAACAAGUCUGUUACCUACACCUGUGAGACCGGAUACCGGCUACUUGGGAAACCAGUCAGGACCUGUCUGGCUGAUGGUACGUGGAGCGGGGAUUUCCCUAUAUGCAAGAUGGUCAUCUGCGGUGAACCACCAAGACCGGAGAACGGUAGAUUUACAGGGCACAAUUUCUUGUACAGGGGCGUUGCUGAUUACUGGUGCAACCAGGGAUACAUUCUAAAUGGAACAUCCACCACAUCAUGCCUAUCCACCGGUCUCUGGAGUUCACCUCCGCCGCUGUGCCAACCAAUUGACUGUGGACCACCACCGGCCAUCGUCAACACCACACACACGGUAAACUCCACCCUGUUUGGUUCCCUGGCUUACUACGCAUGCCAGGAAGGGUACAGGUUGGAUGGGAGCCCGACUCUAGAGUGCCGAUGGAACGGGGAGUGGAUGGGCGGGGCCUCCAUCCGAUGUACACCAAUGAUUUGCAAUGACCCGCCUCCAAUGGAAUUUGGAUUUACAAAGGAUAUGGAUUACUACGUCGGCGACACAGCUGAGUACGCUUGCAUCGAGGGCGCUCUUUUACAUGGCAACGGUCUCGUGACAUGCCUGCCGAAUCGUACAUGGAGUCGGCCAACCGGCGUCUGUAGGAUAAUCACAUGCCCGGAGCUCGUAGCGCCUAGUCAUGGAGCUGUGUUCUCCCCACUAAUAACAAACGGCAGUGUGGCAGUUUACACAUGCGACGAAGGUUACGUCAUAAACGGGACAUCAAACUUAACGUGCACAGAAAGCAGCACGUGGAAUCACUCACCACCAGAGUGCAGGCCAGUGACGUGUCCAGUGCCGUCAAUCCAAAACGGCACAGCUGCGUUUUCCGGACACCAGUACUUAGACAAGGUGUCCUAUAACUGCGACAGGGGAUUUCGGCUUGAGGGCGACACGGAGCAGAACUGCCUGGCUAAUGCGACAUGGAGCGGUGAGACGCCACUUUGCAAGUUAAUAUCUUGUGGGGUUCCUGAUUCGACUGAGAAUGGGUUUGUGACAGAGACGGAGAUUUUUUACGAAGGAGAGGUGACGUAUACUUGCCGUGCUGGAUACCAGUUACAGGGGACACCCACACGUUCCUGUUUGAGCAGCGGGAUUUUGAGUGGCGAGACACCAGUGUGUGAAGUCAUUACCUGCGCUGCGCUUCCGAAGAUAAAAAAUGCUGUGCCAUCUGGUAGUAAUUCAACUUACGGCAGUCUGGUGUCCUAUCUCUGCCUGGAGGGAUUCUAUGCUGAGGACAAUAUAACUCUGGAAUGCCUGGCCAAUGGCUCAUGGAGCCGGACUGACUCAGAGUGUCUUCCAGUGUCGUGUGGCAGCCCGAGUGAAAUUGAAAGUGGGGAUAUUUCUCAAAACAAUGGAACCACUUUUGGGAGUGUAGUUUCAUACCACUGUCGAGAAGGCCACGUCAUGGAAGGGACCUCUUCUGUCGCGUGCCAAGCUAACGGUCAGUGGGGGAAAGUGCAGCCAGUUUGUAAGCCUGUGGUGUGUGGACCUCCGCCCAGAGUUGAAAAUGGGGACGUGACGUCAACUUCCCAGAGCUACCUCUCAAGUGCUGUGUACGCUUGUCAAAUUGGAUACAUACUGAUUGGCCCUGACACUGCAACCUGCUUGAGUAAUGGUUCAUGGAGCUAUGGCGAGAUAAGAUGUGAGCCGAUAUCAUGUGACCGACCUGAGCCAAUCAGUCAUGGUCGUUGGGCUGCCAGUAGCUUUGCACUGGGAGAAAGGCUGUCAUAUAUGUGCGACUUGGGUCACGAUCUUGUGGGAAGGUCAGAACGUACUUGUACGGUGACUGGUGACUGGAGCGGGGAACCACCCAUCUGUCGACCAAUCAAAUGUCCGACUCCUCCCGAGUUGACCAAUGGUGUUGUCCUUUCUGCGGGAAACCUGCAGUAUCAGAGCAAGGUGCUGUAUGGAUGCGACGUCGGUUAUGUGCCGUCUACCAGCGAGCUUUCUAGGACGUGCCAAGCCGAUGGUACAUGGAGUGUUUCAGAUCUAGCUUGCUUGCCAAUCUCGUGCGGUCCACCCCCUCAUGUGGACAACACAUUUGUCCCACGGCCACCCAGUCUUACGUACAAUACUUCCAUCGUAUACCACUGCGGUAGUGGGUACCAGCCACAAGGAUUACCGGUUGUGACAUGCCUUGCGGACGGAUCGUGGAGCAUCCCACAGUUCCAAUGUAACCCAAUCAAUUGCGGCAACCUUGGUGAAAUUGAAAAUGGUAAAGUCGGUACUGCGAAGACGACCUUCAACUCCCUGGCUGUGUACAGCUGCGAUGAAGGCUACACACUCCAUGGGCCUGGUGCACGCCGCUGUCUUGCCCAGCGAGCGUGGAGUGACACGGCACCAACCUGCAAACCGGUACCAUGCGGCAUGCCACCGAGUAUCCGCAACGCAGUGCACAUCAACACCGACAUCUCGCUCACCGUGGCAGAUCAUGUGUUUGGUGCCGUCGCUCAGUACACCUGCGUGGAAGGCUACAAGAUGGCUUCCAGCGACACCCUCGUCUGUCAAUCUAGCGGGACUUGGAACACCACCAACAUGUCCUGCGAGAUCAGGCACUGUCCUCCACCCACGGCAAUCGACAACGGACAAGCCAUCGGAGACACCCACACGUUCCGCUCGACUGUCCACUACACCUGCGACGCCGGCUAUGAAAUCACCGGCAGCGCAAACCUCACCUGUCUCGCCGACGAAACCUGGCAUCCGUCUACCCCGAACUGCACUCACAUCUCCUGCCCCGAAAUCAUCGCCUCGCCCGAUACUACGAUAUCCGGUAAUGGCCACAGAUACCAAGAUACUCUUGCCUUCCGCUGCAAGAACGACUUACAACUUCACGGCGCGCGGCAGCUCAGAUGCACGGCGGACGGAACCUGGGAUCAGCCCCUCCCCACCUGCGCGCCCAGGUCAUGCAGCUGGCCAGUGAAAAUAGACAACGGGGUUGUGUUUGGUCAUCGGUAUCAGCCGGGAGACACAAUCAGCUACCGCUGCUUCAGUGGGUAUCUCCUAGACGGUCCCAGCAGCAGGAAAUGCCUGCCAGACUACAGAUGGAACGGCAGAGAUCCUAAAUGUGUCAGGCUUAACUUGUCAUCAGCCCUGAAUCACUCCCCAGUCUGCAUCUUCCCAUGUCUGCACGGAGGGACCUGCAUAGCUCCUUAUCAAUGCAACUGCCCUUACGGCUUCGCUGGCUCCAGAUGUGAAACAGAACUGUGUACAAGUCGAUGCAUCGGAAACGCAAGGUGCACAGAUAGGCAUCCGGGCUGCAAGUGACCACAGUAGACCAUACAACUUGAGGAUUGUAAUUGUAACUUAUUAUUCCAACGCAAGUGUAAAAAAAAAAAAUCUGUUUUAUUUAUCUUGUAGAUAAAGCAUUGUUAGUGCCAGUUAACUCUUGUGUCAUUAUUGUUACACACACACAUUAAGUGAAGAAGACUUUGAAUUUGAUUGCAUAGUUGCGGCAAAAGCAGGUUUUCUACCCGGUUAGAGCGCUGGACUGUGCAGAAGCCGUGUUGGAAUCUUGCUAAUGUGAAAGGUGUUACCGGAAUCUCCGUGUUGGAUCAACACAAAGAUUUUGGAUAGUGUUAAAGCUAUAGUCCAUCAUUUGCAGCUGUCCGAAAAG